AUGGCAACGCCGACGGAAGAGAAGCGCUGGACUCUGAAGAUAACUCGAAGCAACCGGCCGGAUAUUGACUGCGACCAGCACUACGGCUUGCUCUUCAACGAGGGCCUUGCCACGGACUCUUUCGCAGCCUGCACCGGUUUCCAGCGCGACAAGUACACCGUGCUGGUGGAUGACAAUCCUCACCAGUCCAAAUCUGAGCACAAAACCGACACGGAACACCAAGUGGGCGUAUUUAACACGGACAUGAGCAUUCAUCGCAUUAAGGCAAUACUCAUGGACGUUCCUGUUGCGAAAGGCGCCGACGCAUCCAUCAACGGCUGCAAGUUGUUGGAAUCCCAGGAACCGACUUUCGCCUGCAGGGCGUGGGUAUAUGCUACCCUGAUGAAGCUAUGGAUGCAAAAGCUCAUCACGCCCGAGGAGAGAGAAAGAGCACUCCGGUUCUUGUACCCAAGGAAGGGGCCCGUGGUCCCUCCCGAGAAACUGGGCAAGUAG